GCUAACCUUAUCACCAUAGCACGCUCGUCCUCAAACAUGCACCGCCGUGCCGUGCUCGCGGCCGCGCUGCUGCUGGGCACGGUGCUGCUGCUUCAAGCUGGGGGCGCCGCCGCACAAGACUCUGCUGCUUUGGCUGAGAACGCGAAGUGCCAGCAGGCCCAGAAGGAGCUGCCAAGCAACCCGGACAUCCAGGCCUUCAAGGAAUGCGCAGCCACCAAGCCCAUCACCGCCACCUGCUGCCAGCGAGUGAAGCCCUACUCCCAGUACCUGCCUUGCCUGUCCUACGACCAGUACCGCGCCGCCCCCAACAACUUCCUGGCGCCGCUGUCUGUGGAUGAGGUGAUGGCGGCCUGCUUCAGCCCGCCCUAGCCAGCGGCCAGGUGCCUGGUAGCCCAUUUUGAGGACGGUGCGUGCCCUGAGUCUGAACGGCCUAGCUAGCGAGGCCUGUGCGUGGCUCUGUCCUUAGAUCAGGGAGGGCUGUACGGCUAGCUUCGGAAUGCUACGCGAGUAAUGAAUUCAUCAUGGCGGUAGCUUUGGCUGGGUAAUCCAUGGACUACCGUGGAGCGCAGGAUGCGGCGUUGGAGCGGUUGGCGUUGACGCGGUUUGUCACAAUAGUCAUGAACGGCUGUUUGCAAUCCUUAGAAACACGCUUCUUUCUUUGUGCAGCCAGUGGCGUUUGAUUGCGUUGUGACGGAUGGAUGACAUGCGCCUGGAAAUGGCUUGGCAAAGGGCCAUCUAGGGCGGCGUGCGACACGGUGGACAGAGAGAGCA